AGCUGGUCGUCAGUUGACGCUGGACGGUGCGCAGGUGUGCACCCAGCACGUGCGUUGUGGCGUGGCGCAGCGCAGCCCUUGACUGAAAGGCGCGAAUCGGUGGACGGUUUGAGGAGUGCGUGCGGGCGGGCAUGCCACACUGAGGGCGGCCCAUUGCGAUGGUUGUUGCUCCUGCUGACUCUGAACAGAUGCCGGAGCCUGCGGCGGGGACUGGAGCGGCGGCGGCGACGGCCGGGAGCGGCGGCGGGGGCGGCAGCCGCGUGCGCACGCUGGUGCUGUCGCGCCGCGCACGCGUGCCCUCGGGCGGCGGCGGCGGCGGAGGCGGCGUGUUCGGCUUCUCGGUGCGCGGGGGCCGGGAGCACGGCACGGGCUUCUUCGUGUCGCGCGUGGAGCCCGGCUCGGAGGCACAGCUGCACGGCCUGCAGGUGGGCGACCAGAUCGUGCGCGUGAACGGGCUGCCGGUGGCGGAGGCCCUGCACCACGAGCUGCUGCAGCUGGUGGGCCAGCAGACGCGCCUCAGCCUCGCCGUGCGCACUGUGGGAAUGCUACCAGUUAAAGAUGAAGAUCAUAAUGUCUUGACCUGGCAAGUAGUCUCUGCACCAUCCCCUGAUCCAGCUUUAAAUGGAACAACUAAUCAGGAUGUACAACUAAUUUUGACUGUGCCACCUGGUGCCAAACUUGGGUGUGGAAUUUGUCGAGGUCCUGAGUGGAGGCCUGGUGUUUUUAUACAAUUUACUAAAGAAGGAGGAUUGGCUCGAUCAACAGGGCUCAGAGCUGGUGAUCAGUUACUUCAAUGCAACGGUGUUCCUUUCACAGAUGAUCUGCCUUUUAGUGAGGCUGUAGCUUUGCUCAAAUCUGCACGUCAGUUGGUGUUACUAGUGAGGCCAGGAGCUGGGGCAGAUCUAUUUCCUUCAGAAAGUUCGGGUUACAACAGUUCAGCCAGUAGCAUUGCUGGGGACGUGAGCCCCAAUCCUGCUGAAAAGCAACGACUAAUACCAUUAGUUGAACCUCGUAGACCUGAGGAAACCAGAGCUGUUCCAGUUUCAAAUCCUUGCACUGUUAUCCAUGUUGGCCCUGAGAAUCACAUUCAAGACAAUCGAAACAACCACUUGGCUCAAGUUCGGCUUGUGCAGCAACAACAGGAAACAACUACAGUUCUUGUGGAAGUGCACAGGGCUGAUGACAAACCUGUAAAUCCAGUGCCAUGUCCUCCACCACCAUUGAACCCUUUGGCUCCUAUUCCCCCUCUGUCCAAGAGUGAAUCAUCCAGUUCCAUUAGCAGUUUUAGUAGUGCUCUAAGUCAAGAAAUUGAGAGAAGGCGUAAUCAGCGUCGAGACGGAAAUAGUAUUCCUGAAAUUAUUCCACGCCGUGUAAAGUUGUCAGGUGUUGAUGAAGAGAAACGGCACCAACAUGAACAGUUAAUGCAAGAAUUCAAACGUGCUCACCGAAAAAUGUUUGCCAAUUCACCUGAUACUGUAGAUGAUGGGUGCAGCCAUGGAAAAACAAUUUCUACACAGGAAAGAAAUUCUUCCUCACCUCAAGUUAAUGGCAAGAAUUCAGUUAAAGAUAGAAUACAAAGUAUUGACUCUUUGAGACGUCAGAAUUCUUCACCUCUGCCUGUUCUUUCAGAUAAUUCAGACAGCCUCACAUGGUCAUCCAAACGUUCUUCCUUUGAUCAGUCUUCUUCACUAUCAUCAGGAUCUUCAGGAGGUGCUUAUGGGCAGCCACCUCCUUGCCCAACUCCGGAUUAUGAUACAAGCAGUGUUGCUUCGUCAUUGUCAGUAACAUCAUCAGCUGAUAGUUCAAAAUAUGUAAAGGAGUCACAACCUCGAGAAUUGCUCAAAACCAAUGGUGUCUCAAACAAAUCACCUGUGAAUGGAACAUCAGUCCCAAAUGCAAAUUCUGGUGCUAUGAAAAAUGUAUCUUCUGGAAAUGGCACAGUGAUUAUUCAGAAAUCCAUUGCACCUAACUCUGUGACAGUGAAAACUAACUCUGUAAAUUCAAAACCUACAAAUUCUGUUUCUCUUGUGAACGGUAGUACCAAGCCAGUGAAUUCAAAUGGUCUGAAUCAAAAUAAGGCCCCUGCAAAGCCAUCUAAUGAUGGAGUAGAAAUGGAAUCUUUGGAAUCAUUUGAGUUGACAAAUCCCCAAAAUCCUGAGCCAAAACCUCCAGAAACAUAUUUUCCAAAGAGACGACAACAGUCUUCUAUUGCAUCAAGUCCAAAGAGUACACUUUCUACUGCAAGUACAAGUACAGCUGGAAGAAAACCACGACCUGUCUCUGUGACAAUUGGAGAGUAUCCAUCCGGUACAACAAGACGUGAACCUUCCAAGUUUACUUUCUUAAGUGGAACUGAUCAAACAGAUAUUGCUAACGGAGGUGUUACUGAUCGUCUUCAAUCUGAGCUCAUGAGAACAUUAAACAGAUCAGAUCUGAAACGUCGAACUGAACAGCAGGAGUCUGCUAUAAAUGGUACUGCAGUGAACAAUUCAACAACCAACGGUGCAAACCCAUCAGCUGCAGCAAAAGGAACCGUCACCAUAUCAGUGAAUACAGCACCUCUGAAAAAUACUCCUGUACGGCUGUUUGAUGGAAAUGGAGGAAAAGUGUCUCCAUCUGCAACUCCUGCAAUUCGAAAUGUAGCUGAAAAACUCAAUGGUACAUUAGGUGGAACAGCUUCUGGAAAUCGUGUAACUAUUCGUGUUGGAAGUGAACCUGCUGUUUUGAUGGUGAUGAGUGAUUGCUCUUGUGUAAGUUCUUCCUCUCUCAUUCAACCUGUUGUCUUUUUGUCACCAUGCCUACAUGAAAAAAAAACACAUGACAGUUUAAAACAACAUAUUUGUAGAAGAUUGAAAAGCAUGAUGUCGAAUCGAAUUCAGAAAUUACUGUUUUCAGAGUACAGUGAUUUUGAAGACAUGGUUUUAGUGGAAAGCCCUUUUGCAGAGAUUACUAAAGAAGGAAAUGGAAUUCGUCAAGUUCACUUAGGUUGGUGUGUUGAAUAUUCUUUGUAUAUAGCUCUACAUCUAUUAUUUCACUUCUCUUAG